CAGAAGUGACAACGUGUAUGUGAAUAUUGUGAACGUUGUGAAGUGAUAUGAAGUAUGAUGACACGUAUUUGGUGAUAGGUUAUCUAAGAAAUAAAAACAAAAAUGCAAAAUACUGUAGAGUAUCGUUUAGAUGCUUUACAUCAAAUAUCUCAAAGAAAGUUAGGAGAAAUUUUAAAAAAAAUUCCAGGAAAAAAGGAAUUAAUAAUUGACCCUGUGCUUAUGAAACCAUUGGAAUGCAUAACCGGAGUUCAGUUUUUAAGGUCACAUGGUGUCGAUAAAAUAUUCAAAUUUGAGAAGAGUGGGGUUAGUUGCGUGAACUCACAGUUGGUUUACAUGAUUUAUUCUGAUCUCAUCACAGCUAAAUAUGUAUGCAAUCAGAUAAAUGCCAGUAUACAUCAAAAUCAUCAGAAUAGUUAUAACCUUAUUUUAGUUCCAAGUGACCUCGUGGCUAUUCAGCAAUUAUUGGAAGAAGAAGGAGUACAUGGCAUACUUACAGUUCAUAUCUUCCCAUGGGAAUUAAUAAGAUUAGAUGGUGGUGUCAUGUCAUAUGAACUCCCAGGUUUAUUUAAGAUGUUGUUUGUAGAUGGAGAUCGAUCUAUGCUUCCAGCUGUUGCACGUUCCUUGUGGUCAUUACAGUUGCUGCUUGGAAGGAUACCUUUAACUCUAACACAAGGAAGAUUUUCUUUGCAAGUUCGAACAAUGGUUGAUACUUUGUGCAAUGAAUUGGGGACUUCAGACAAAGCAGAUUCAGAUAUAAGUUGCAUGUUAGUAGUUGACCGUGAUGUGGAUUAUGCUUCUGUUUUACUGACACCUGUUACAUAUGUUGGUCUUCUGGAUGAGGUGUUUGGCAUCAGUAGUGGUACUAUAGAACUAGACAGCAGAGUGACUGGCAAUCAAGAUGGUGCAAGAGAGAAAAUAAAUUACCAACUUAGCAGCACUGAUGCCAUAUAUAAUGAAAUCAAGAAUAGACAUUUCUCCGAUGUGUUUCCAUUUCUUAGCAGUAAGACCAAAGAAAUGCAGUCAGAAUAUAAUCGUAGCUGCAAUGUGGCAUUGCAAGAAAUGAAGCAUUAUGUGGCGACUGAGCUACGGAAAGUUACCGCUUUGAAAAGGUCAUUAGCAUAUCAUAUUGGUGCAUGUGAGGUGAUCAUAGGUGAAAUGGGACAUCGGUAUGAAUCUCUCCACCAAGUAGAAAAGAACAUGCUGGAAGGUAGGAAUAAACGAGAGAACUUCAGUUAUGUUGAAGAAUGUCUUGCGACAUCUGGAAAGUUGACAUCAUUGCGUCUACUGUGCCUCUUGGCCCUGACACAGGAUGGGCUUUCUGUGGAUGAGGCAACAUUGCUUAAAACUCAGUUCCUGCAUUGCUGCGGCUAUGAACACUUGGUUACAUUUCAUAACUUGGAAAAGUUAGGUCUGCUUACUCCACAAGGUAUGGGAACAAACCCAGGCAACACAUCUUCUGGAGCAAGUGAUGCUGCUGGCAAGUUGGCAGGUCGUGUGGCACAAGUCGUCUCACAGCUUCCGAAACGUACUGGUGCAUUCCAAGCAUUUGCUUACAAACUCAAAUUGUUUCCAGAAGCAUCAGAAGAAUAUGACCUGAAGCAGCCAAAGGAUCCAGGUUAUGUAUUUGGAGGAUUGUAUGUGCCUGUUGUUUGUCGACUGGUUAGCCUUCUUAUCAAGAAGGAAUUAUCACCAGAGGAAAUUGUGAAACUUGGCCCAAGCAUUGGUACGACCAGCUGGGCCAAAAAACCUGGAGACUGGGACAUGAAUCGUAAGUCAUUUCUAGUGUACUUUGUGGGUGGAGUUACUUAUGCUGAGAUUGCAGCUUUUCAGUUGCUUGAAAAAUUAACAGGUGCACGGAUUCUUGUUGCUGGUACAUCUAUAAUUAAUGGCAAUAGUUUAAUUCAAAGUGUGGUGUAAUAAUCAUCUCCCUCCACCAAUAAACCUUUCACUGCUAACUUCAAAGACUAUUGAACAGUCUUCAGUACUGAAGGGAUUUUGUUUUGCAGGUUACUGUUAUGUAUGGAAAACUGUAAUGUUUAUUCCUUGCCAGAUUUUAUUAUGAGGAUGGGAUGGGUUUGACAUAUAGCAUCCAAGGAACCAAAGAAAAAUACAUAAAAAGCUACAACAAAAACACUCUGUGGUUUUAGUCCGCAAGUGAACUAUACUGACCAAGUUACAAUAAGAACAUCUGAAAGGAAGAGACCGCUUCAAAGACCAGGAGAUAAAUGGGAAGAUAUUAAAAUGUGUCUUGAAGAAUUAUGAUGGGUAAUGUGGAUUGAAUUCAUUUGGUUCAGAAAAGGGACCAGUACUGGAUUCUUGUGAACACUAUAAUGAACCAUUGGGUUCAGUGGAAGGCAGGAAAUUUCAUGACUAGCUGAGCAACAGUUAGCUUUUGUAGAACUCUGGUCCAUAGAACUAGUUAUUAGUUAAAAUUUAAAUACAUGUAAUUAGUGCUGUAUUAUGUAAAAGAAACAAGGCACUGGAAAUCUCUCAUGCAUUUAAUACAGCCAACACCAGUGUGUUGCCCCUCCCAAGACAGUAAAGUAAUGGCCAGGAUUCUAAGAAGCGAUUUUGCAUUGUAACAGCUGUGAUGGGUUAAUAAAUUUCCAAUAGCAAACGAACACAUACAAAUGAUAAAAAUCACUUGAAUCAUAAUACGAUCAUGGGAACUUCUCAAAAGAGAUACAGGAAAUCAUUUUUCACAUUUAUACUUUUGAAACAAUUUAUGGUCACUUUGGUAAAAAGAACAUCGAAGUUAGAUCAUAUAUGCUUAGGUAUUGAUAUUCUUAAUUUUAUGUGAUUCCCAGAAAAAUGCCAGUCUUCUUCUAGCCGUUUAUGUUUUAUACCGGUUGAUGGGCAGGAUGUCUCCAACCUUUCUUCCCACAGUUUUUCCUUUUCAGUUUGUUGCCAGUUCUUUCCUCUCUUGAUGCCUUCAAGCACCUGGCUAAACCAUCUUGUGCUGGGUCAUCCCAUAGCUCUCUUUACUUUAAAUUUUAAUUCUAAUGCCUGUCUCAGUAUCCUUGUUCUACCCAUUUUAUCUACAUGACAAAACCAUUGUGUCUUCUAAUUCUAGAAAUAAAUUUUGAAUUCUAUAGACUAUUAAGUGAAUACUGGCCUGCAUUGUUAACCUCUAGACCACUGGAUUUUUCAAUUGACCUAAUCC